AUGUCAUUCAACCAACGAAAGGGUUUCAGGAAGAGAAAUGGGCCUCGAACAAGUGGUCCUAACGGAGCCAAUAGUCAACCGCUUGGAAGUGGACGUAACACGAACCGGAUGGGGAAUUAUGAGCGUGGCAAUGGCUUUCAGAGCUCACAAAAAGACCCUGAGAGACCAGAAUCAAAACGUCAACACUUAGGGCCGUCUAGAUAUAGCGGAUCCCGAUUUCAAGAUGCUGCUCCAGCUACGAGAGGGACAUCCAAGGCAAGAAACCACGUAAAUGGACAAGAACUUCCUACGGGACCUAAGCUAAUGAAACAACCGCAGCAGCCAGGAAAGUCCCGUUACGAACCUGCAACAGCCCCUCCCAUAAAGCCAAAAUUGGCCCCGAUAUCUGUCAUCGUACGUGAACAGGAAUCCUCAGUUUACGAACGCAUCCAACAAGUGGGCGAAGGAACAUACGGGAAAGUUUACAAGGCUAAGAACACAGUCACUGGUCAACUAGUGGCGUUGAAAAGAUUGAGACUCGAGGGUGAACGCGAAGGUUUCCCGAUCACGUCAAUUCGUGAAAUUAAACUACUCCAAAGCUUCGACCAUCAAAACAUAAGCACACUUUCGGAGAUCAUGGUAGAGUCGCAGAAAACUGUUUACAUGAUUUUUGAAUAUGCUGAUAAUGACUUGUCUGGAUUGCUGAUGAACGAGCAGAUAAAGUUCUCUGCUGCCAACUGCAAACACAUCUUCAAAAGUUUGCUGGAGGGCAUCGACUAUUUGCAUGAAAAUAGCAUUCUACACCGGGAUAUUAAAGGCUCGAACAUUCUUAUAAACAACAAGGGACAAUUGAAGAUCACGGAUUUCGGGCUGGCACGGAAAAUGCGUGAUGACUCAGAUUACACAAACCGUGUUAUCACACUAUGGUAUCGUCCCCCAGAACUGCUAUUGGGCUCCACGAAUUAUGGUACCGCAGUUGACAUGUGGGGCUGUGGGUGUCUCCUCGUGGAGCUGUUUCAACAAACUGCUAUUUUCCAGGGUACCAACGAGGUCGAGCAACUGAAUGCGAUUUUUGCAGUGAUGGGCACGCCAAGUGUAGAGCAAUGGCCCACAAUCUUCGAUUUGCCGUGGUUUUUUAUGAUGAUACCGCAACAGACUUGCAAAUACCCUACACGAUUCGAUGAGCUUUACCAGAAAGUGCUGCCCUCAAGUGCAGCUCUUGACCUCGCAAAGGGUCUGCUGCUAUAUGACGAGAAAAAACGGUUUUCAGCGCACGACGCCCUGAAGCACCAGUUUUUUCGUGAAGAUCCACAGCCGCAGGCGUUAGAUUUGUUGGGUUUUGACGGCUGGCACGAGUUCGAGGCCAAACGGCAUCGUCGCAAGGAGAGAGAGGAGCAAAAACGACGUGACAAGUCCGAGCCAGCUGCUUCUAUCCCGCUUCCGUGA